UAGUACUAUUACUAAAUAUGUCAAAAUAAAUUUAUAGUUUCUAAAAUUACAACAGUUGUCAUCCAUCAUUGUCUAUAAAUGCAUUAUCGUUUGAAUUAACCUAGUUUUCUGAGACGACCUGGUUACAAGAGGAUAUCAGACUUACAGGCUUAUCACAAUAAGCUGGGCCCAUGGCUGUAACGAUGGAAUUGGAGGAGAGCGCGUCAGACUCGAAACUGCACAAGGAUAGCACAGCCAAGAAAGAGCUGCGGCCGUCGAGUGCUGUCUCGUUCUCCAAAUCUGAACAUGGGACAGAGACCACAAAUUCAACUGAACAACUGAGGCAGUAUAAAAGUUGGGUGAGCAAUGAACGAUGGAAUGAACUGAGGAAGAUAGCUGAAAACGCCAUGAAGGAUAGAAAAGUGUUCAUGAUCAAGGGAGGCGGCUUCCCUGCUAUACGUAGAGCACUGCUAGAGAGAGGUUGGAUUGAGAAGUAUGAGUCCCAUAAGGUUCGUCAUCCGCCCACAAGCGUAGACCCGACGAAGGUCAGCGGAAAAGAGCUCUCCAAAGUCGAGAGGAUGAUCCUAUACAAAUUCAUGGAGCACCAUUCAGUUGACUUUCUUUGGACGACCAAAAGAGAUAAAUAUGACUGGUUGCUUAGUAAUAAGGAUGUCAUUAUAAGCAGAUUUUGCAGAUCGAUUUUCACGACCAAAGAGGGCUUGACUGCGUCGCUUACUCAAAUGCAUUGGUACACGGAGCCGGGUAUAGCACUGACUAGAUUUCCACGUUGCUAUAACAUAUACAAUUCGGAUAGCCUCGAGGAGUUUAUCGAUGAUUUUCGAAUCACAGCAUGCAUCAGCAUCCUGAAAUGGCUAUCUAACACACUGCAAAAUAACGGUGAACAAAAUCUUGUUGUAAAUCACGGCAAGGUUCCUUUUACGGCGAUAGAGUUUGCUAUAUGCAGAUUGAAUGAAUACGUUACGUUCUUUACUCAUAAGGACAUAGAUGACUCGGAGGAUCAAACUCAACACGUGUGGGAACAUGAAUGGGACCAAUUUCUAACACACCAUUAUCUACUGGUGCACGAGAAAGCUAUGUUUAUAGAGGACAAAAAUACAAAUAUAAGGCAAUUGGAAAGAAGAGCAUCCAAAGUGUUAGCUAUGAUGACGAAGUUCUGGCCUCAGAUUGAUAUUGACGGAGUACUAAAUAUAUGGAUCGUGAAGCCAAGCAAUAAGUGUCGCGGCCGAGGCAUCCAACUUAUGAACAAUAUAAAAGACAUUAUAGGCCUCAUCAAUAUACCUGCUCAGAAAACUAGAUACGUCGUACAGAAAUAUAUAGAAAAUCCACUUGUAAUAUACGAUACAAAAUUUGAUAUUCGUCAAUGGUUUUUGAUAACAAAUUCUCAGCCUCUUACAAUUUGGGUGUACAAAGAUAGUUAUCUGAGGUUUAGCUCACAAAUAUUCAGUUUAUCAAAUUACCACGAAUCUGUACACCUCACAAACAACGCAGUACAAAUCAAAUAUAAAAAUAACGGCGAACGUGAUAAAGCACUACCUGAUGAAAACAUGUGGGAUUGUCACACAUUCAAAGCUUAUCUCAGACAGAUAGGAAAAUAUGAACUGUGGGAUACAAAAAUCUAUCCUGGGAUGAAGCAGUGCUUAAUAGGAGCAAUGUUGGCUUGCCAGGAAGGCAUGGACAAAAGGCAAAACAGCUUUGAGUUAUAUGGAGCUGACUUCAUGUUAACAGAAGAUUUCACACCUUGGCUCAUUGAAAUUAACUCGAGUCCCGACCUAGCCCCUACGACAUCAGUCACAGCACGAUUAUGUCCUCAAUGCCUAGAGGAUGUUGUAAAAGUUGUACUCGAUCGCCGUCAAAAUCCUGACGCUGACACAGGAACAUUUGAAUUAGCCUACAGGCAAAUGAUUCCAAAAGCGCCGGCAUAUUUAGGACUGUCGCUAUGUAUAAAUGGCAAGAAAUUAAUAAAAAAGUCGAAAGAACGCAGACAUGAACCAAGGAUAUGUAGUACGCCAAUUGCACCUCAAAUGCCAGCUGGAGAUACUGUUCUGGAAGAUCAACCGGUGCCUACUGAAUAUAAUGGACCUAUCAUUACUGACUUUCUUACAUGGUUAAAUCCUUAUGACGCACUGCCAACUAACAAAGAUGGUUUGGUUCUAGGACCGAAGGAAUCGCUUACGGUACGCCAAGCAAUUACUGCUGUAAAAUCCGGUAUUUCGUUGAAAAACGGUUCGAAAAAACGUAAAACAUCCGCAAUCUCUUGUAGGACCCAUCGAGGAAAACGAGAAAAAAAUACAGAUUAUAGGCGUCGUGUUGUCCCUCAUUCAUGCUAUCGGCCUGAUGAGGACCAACCCGAUAAUCACACUCGUAAAUAUCGGACCGAAUCGGCGAAUAAAUCAGCGAAACCUAAGGUAGACAGGUCGGUCGGUAACAAAAGGUGCUAUAUAGAUCCUGUAGAGUGGGAACGAGAAACGGCUAGUAUUCUUAGGUCGACAAUAUCAGUUCAAAAUAAAGUAGCAAACAGAAAUGAAAACAAUAACACAGUUCCGGUACGGCAAACAAAAUCAGGUACAUUAGGCUAUCAGCAAAAACCUUUGGAACCACACAAUUCGCGAAGUAAUAAUUGCAUAAAUGACACUGAUCCUAUAAAAAAGUUGAGUGCAAUCGGUAGGAACAUUUGCAAGCUGAGAGAUGAACAUAAAGUACAACAGAAAGGUAUUACAAUUUCCAAAAGUUGUUCGACAAUAUAUGCACCGUAUCGAGUUGUAGUCACUCCUUUAAGUGACGAACCUCAGAACGCGCAAAAUUUAUUACUGAAACGUAAAAAGUAAUAUAGUUAUGUACCUAAGUCUGGUCCCAAAAAUGGUGGUGUUCAAUGCUAUGUUACGCUUUUUAGAAUUACACUAUUCUGUGAUUUCUUAUUACAAUGAUAGCAAUCAGACAAACGCUAGCAACUAGAACGUUUGAAAAAUGCUAUUUAACUGCAUAAUAAAACUUAAGGAUCCAUUAUUUAUCUAAAUCAUAUUUACUACGCUAUUU